GAAUUUGGUCCAAAUUUGAGAGAGACCACUCCUGCCGCAGCAGAGAAAGGGGCUUCAGUGUAAUUCCUACAGGCAAUUGGGCACUGUCAAUUUACGUCCAUUAUAAGAGAAAUUCAACGCUUUUACUUACCUUUUGCUGUUUUGGUCUGUUUGUUAGUGUGUGUAACCAAGUCUCUGUAAUGGGCAAGUCUCCAUCUGAAAUCUUGGGGACUUUUUCACCUGGUCAAAAUCAGCUAAAUAAUCAGUCAUGACACUAAAUAUCUCUUAGAUAACGCAAACUUAUUCCUUUCUUCAGCUCUCACUAACGUUUCCACCGUUGCUUUUCCUGCAACAAGUCACUCUUGCAAGAUUUUAGAACAAGACUUCUUCUUGAGUUAGAAUUAAAUACAAUAACAGAUAAGUGAAAGGUAAAGAAGAACAUUUAAUUUCUCUGCAGGGUCUUUUGUAAUGUUGUCAGUCACCUCUAAUAACAAACCGAGCCUGUCAGUAUGGACAUAAAUUGAAGAUGCACAAUUGCCCAUAGAUUUAACAUUGCAGCCUGUUUUGCCCCUGUGGUUGCAGCAUUCUCCCUCAGUACUAGACCAGUUUUAAGACAUUGUUGUCUACAUUAGUCACUUAGACAUGAAAACAUGGGAAAACAGUGUGCAGGUUGGAAAAUACUGAAGUAUUCCAUCAACACAUCAUACAUUCAAUUCACAUGAGGACGAAAAAGUAAUUCUGUUUUUAAAUUACAUCCAACUGAUAUUUAUUAUAUUGGGCUGUCUUUAGGAGAACAUUCUUAGCAUUAACAAUCACACACAGUAAGGACCCUGUGGGAUAGUCACAAAAGAUCUUUUUUUUUUUUCUUUGACUGGGACUUCACUUUUGAUUAGACUGGUAUGCUGAUGAUUGGAUUUUUCUCAUUUAAAAUGUGUGGCAAAACUCUGACUGGGAGACGGUAAAGUUAAAAACUGCAUGCAAUCCAAAGUACUGCCUAAUGACAGAUGUCUUUACUCUCUCUGAUCUAGCAUGAAUGCUUAAGAGCUUUUCUUUUUUUGACCAGAUAAUUUCAUGAAGAUUAUGGAGAGAGAUGCAGAAGACCGGAGAGUAAGGAGGAUUGCAAAAGCAAAAAAGGCCACUGGUGUGUUAUUCUGUGUUCCUUAAAGAUGUUGUUGGAGCGCUCAAAGAAAAGGGGAAUGAAGCUUUUGCUCAAGAAGACUAUGAAACUGCUGUGAAGUAUUACAGCGAUGGCUUGGCUGAACUACGGGACAUGCAGCCAUUGUACACCAACCGAGCACAAGCCUACAUCAAGCUGGGGAGGUACACAGAGGCCAUCAGUGACUGUGAAUGGGCCCUGAAGUGUGAUGAGAGGUGCAUAAAAGCUUAUCUACACAUGGGGAAAGCAUACCAGGCAUUAAAGAAAUAUAAUGAGGCUAGAAACUGCUUUGAAAAGAUUGUGGAAAUUGAACCUGCGAGGGAGAAGAUGGUGACAGAAUACCUGACCCAGGUAGAUUUGGAAGAGGCAAGAGAGAGUCAGGAAAUGAAUGCGAUGCAAGAGUUUGACAAGGGAGAGGGGAAUGCCACAAGAGUGCCCCAAGUGCUGGGGAAGCUGUCAAAGCCCGACCAGAUUCCCUUGUACUACUGUGGAGGAUUGGAGAUUCUGUCACGAGCAGUUACUGACUGUACAGGCCAGACCCUUUUCAGACUGAACAAUGGCUUUAGUAUCAUCAGCAGCAAUGACAUGGUGAGGAGUUACCUGUUGCAGGAAACAAAGGAUCCAGACAGCCAGGAGUUGUGUGUCUCUGUGCUGAAAUUAUGGAGGAUUAUUUGUAUUGGAAACGAUGAAAACCAGAAAAUGUUGAUGGCAUGCCCAGUCGCCAGAGAGUCCACUGUUUCCUUGUUAACAUCAGGGCACGUUGCAGUGCGGAAAGAAUGCCUGUUGUUACUAUCUUUAUACUCACAGACGCUACAUGGCAGGAGCUUGGCCAUUGACAACCUGAAUGUGCACAUGUUAGUGAGGAACCUCAUGGCAUGCAUCUCAAAGCCAAAGCAGCAGCAGGAGAACACAGUGGUCAAGAUUCUGGAGAACUUCGCAGCAGAAAACAAAUUUUGCAUUCAGUUAAGGGACGUGGUCACAGACUCUGUCAUUGUGCCAUUUACAACAAUACUGAGAAAUAUCAGCGAGUCCAAUCAGCUUCUUCUUGCGUCACUGAUAUCAGCUGUUGGCUGCCUGGCUCAAGAUGAUGCCAUCCGUAACAGUUUUGCUCAUGAUCCGGAAUGCUGGAAGGCCUUUGUGGUUGCCAUUAGGCAAUGCAGUGCAUUUGAAUACAAAGAGGUCAUUUACCGCAUGCUCGGUUUGAUCAUCAACCUUUCAGCUCUUCCAUCUCCAGUCAUUCAGGAACAAGCUGUUUCACUCAGCGACUGCUGCCUGGGCCUGCUGAGGGAUAGUGACGGAGGAAUCAUAACUAGAGCCACAGGCGUGCUAAGCACUGUUCUCCCUCAGUCCCUUGAGGCUGUUCAGCAUGUUAUUCAGGGGGAUGUGGUCUGUGCCAUGUGCCGACUGCUGAAGGUACAUACUGGAACAGGGCAGACUGCCACUAAGUAUGCCAUUAAGACUCUAACAGUGUGCACUGCUGCCAGUCACUCAGCACGGGAGAAGCUGGUGAAGUCUGAUAAAAAACUGUCUAUUUUACGUCAUUUGCUGGGUUCCAGCUGUGAUGAGAUGGUGUCAGGAAAUGCAGCCCUCUGCUUGGCCCACUGCCUUAAAUUGGAAGGAAUUGCCAGCACCCUGCUGGGCACUGAUAUUGUGCUGCUGCUGCUGCGCCACGCUGCAGGGGACACUAAGAGGACAGCUGUGCGGCAAAAUGCAGCGAUUGCUCUGGGGAAGCUGUGUCGAUCUGAACCCAGACAUAUGAACAAACUUCGAGAACUUCACGGCCUUGAGAUCCUGCACUCCUGUAUGAAGCUCAUCACAUGAACCCAGUAACACAUUCUGCUUGUCAUCAGUUUGGUUCUCCUCUGUGUUCUGUUUUGGGCUUAGACACCUUCCCACCUUUCAGGGAGAACAAAAAUUCACUCAAAAACACCAAUCCUGGUAGUUACGUUAUUCCUUUCCUUUCAAAUUCUUUUUUAAAACUUUGAGCAUAAUUGCUUUUCCAAUCGAUACCUGUCUUUUUUUAAGUAGUAUAGAUUUUUUUGCUGUCUUGAGAGUAUAAAACUCAAGAAUAAGAUUCUCCUCUUAAUUGCUUCAUCUACAUAAACAAGGUCGUAAACAUUUGAGAUGUUCUUGGCUGUCCUUGUUUUUCAAACUCAUAUGAAUUUAUGUGGUCAGUUACCAUACAUAGGUGUGAAUGGAGGUGCAUGUUCAGUUCAUUUUUACCAUCUUUAAUUGUCUAUUAUUAGAUGAAAACAUCAGUAAUAUUUAAUAGCACAUUCUCAUUUUACAAAGCAAAUGAAUAUAUGACAAUCCAUCCAAGAUCACGUAUGCAGUGAAACAGAAUGUAUUUGUUUGGUUCUGAAGGGCGGAUAUUGAUCAGACAGCAUUUACAUAUUGAUGUGAGACACAGAUCAGAACAAUGUAUCCCUGUGGUGUUAGGGUUCACAGAGGCUCUUACUCAUCCAUCUCGAAGGGCAUUCAUUAAUUUACAAUAAAGAGGUGUGUUACAGGCAAAGAACUGAAUACACUGCUUGCUUAACA